AUGGCGGCCUUCGGUGGGCAUCGCGCCCUUUUUUAUACCCCUCCUAAAGGAACCUGCUCGCGAAUAAUUAGUCUUCGUUUACAUCGGAUCUCUCGAGAAACCAUCCGUAUUAAUGGCAAGCGUGUACCGAGAUGCCAGAGUACUUACAACCUUGCCCGUGGUAUCACGACGACGGCGCGUCCUGUCGAUGGGGUCUCGGCGCCCGAGUUCAUGCUCUUUCGUGAUCUUCUCAGUCAGAAACCAAAGCAUAAUGAUUUUAAUGCAGUUUCUACGAGCAAAGAUCCCGGUGUUUCCGAUGUGCCAACAGCGCAAUCGCCCGUUAGUGUAACAGCCGAACAGUUCUCCAACUCGUUUCAAAGGGCUCUCGAUGCGUUGCAACGAAGAGACACCCGAAGAUUGCUUAUGCAUCUUCAACGCAUUUCGCUCAUGGAUGAUUUGGAACUACAAGAAGCUGUGGAUAUGCUGCCUCGAACCACAUUUACUGAAUUCUUCCGUUCAUUGGAUCCAAUGUCUGUUGCUAAAUACGCAGACCCUACUGAUGGGACGUAUGUAUCCCCUGGGAUGUAUCAGACGCUGAACAUGGAUUCGUUUAUCGACGAUUGGGGCGUGCGGAAACUUUACACGGGGUUACUCCAGCGUAUGAUGGCCCUCGUGGUAGCAUUGAAAGCCUCCGGUCAGAUCCUGCAGGUUGAAGAAUACCGCUAUCUACUUAGAUUCGCAGGUGCCGCUUCGGAUCCGGCUGGCGCAAGAUGGUUAUGGAAUGAGAUGGUUCGUACGGAUACCGCCAAUUUACGGCAUAGCGAAAUAUAUCUCGAAUAUAUAGCAGCACGCUUUCUCACAAGGCCUAUGUAUACGGGCUACGACAAGACUAGGAUGAUGGUUCAACCUCGAAAUCUCCACCGCACUCGCAUCAAACUAGAUCAUAGCUACGUCUAUAAAUUGGACCGGCUGAGAUUAAAUACUCGACUUAAACGAUUGUACUUUGGUCUUAAUAAGGAUGUCCGAAACGCCGAGGACAUUAUGCGCCAAAUGAGGAAGAACAGACCCCUCACAAGGCUAAUUUACAGACUUAUUAGAGACGGCUACCCAAUGGACGAGAACUUGUUAUGCGCUUUCAUUGUUGGCUUGGGGCGUGCCGGAUCACUGCGAUUUAUUGGUUCCCAUAUGCUACAUAAGUACUUCGGCAUCCGAAUGAAAAAAUUAACUUAUGAAGAGGAGGCCGAAUCCCAGGCUGGAUCCAAAGAGCUCGAGAUCAAGCAAGAGAAAUACAUUGUACGCCCUACGGUGCGCCUCAUGCAGACCGUCGCCGAGACAUAUGGAGGGAAUGCAGAGAUUGUCACUGCCAUCCGAUUGGUCGUCCACAUAUCAGAAACUUUCAGUAUUCCAAUUCCACGAUCUGUCUGGCAAGACCUUCUAGAGUGGACCUACGUUAUGAGUACCCCGCCAGCAUCCACGGCGUGGAAGCACGCCGACAUGCGCUUUAAAAUACCUGACUCUACAACGAUGGAACUUAUUUGGAACGCUAUGGUUGCUCAUAACGUGGAGCCAGGCUUCGAACAGUACAACAUACGCAUUCGAGAUCUUAUAGGGCGGUCCCAAUUCAGCAAGAUCCUUCCCAUGAUGAGGCGAGCGAUCAAAUUUUAUAACGCCCACUGCCAGGAGUACGAAGAUGCGGUAUUCGAAUACGUUCGAAUGAUCCGUGAUGGAGUACGUCUAUCCGAAACUGUGCACCGAUACGAGCAGGCUCGGUUUAAGAAGGCAACGAUGUAUGCAGAUAUUCAGAAUUGGUGUAGCCAAUACCUAAACAAUAUCCGGAGUUUUAACCACGAGAACCCGCUCGUAACCGUCGCGGUCCCAGAAUUCAUUGAAGAAUUCCGAGAUUUUAUUCCAAACCCAGCUCGCUACAAAACGGCUGCGGGAUACGUCUCAAUAGUGGAUCCUGCUCGUGAGAUUCAGAGAAGAGUUAAAAACCGGCGUCUUUCUAUGUCCAUUCCCAUUAGAUGGAAAGGGAAAACAGCAAGCCGAAGAGCGACACCGUUCAAGUACCGCGGAGAUCAUAAGCUAACUCUAGGAGGCCAUGCGCCAAUUUACAAGAUCGGCCUUGAAACCUUGCUCACAAGUACAUCACGAAUGCUCCAGCAACCAGCAAAUAGUCGGCGAAGGCGAAAGUCAGGGGAAGGAGUGAAGGUGGAGGAAGCAACCCCUAGUGGUUCAACGGGAGAUUCUAGUGCACAAAGUACCUUCGACGAUGACGAGGACUAUUUUUAG